AUGCUCGCUCACCGCGCUACGACGGCUGCCCGCGCCUCCGGACUCGUCAGGCCCCUUCUCGCUCUGCGCCACGCCCGCCAGUACCACGUCGAGAACAAAGUCAACAACAACUUCCCGUUCAAGUACGAGGGCAAGAGCAAGAGGCGUUUCACGGUCGGCUUCCUUGUCUUCUGCGCUUUCGGGUUUGGGACGCCCUUCCUCGCCGUCAGGUUCCAGCAGUGA